CCUUUUUUUUAUUGUUAUAUUCUUCCCUUGUGAAUCAUAACAAAAUUACUAGUACUGCAAUUAAUUUAAUCAUGGAAAAGCUAGCCUUCUUAAACUGGGGCCACUCCAUGUCGUGAAACAAAUCGUGGAGAUGUACUAACAAUUAUCAAUUAUAAAUAGAUCUCAUCACUGCAAGAGGUCCAAUAAUCCAAACCUUUGCAGAAGAAGACCAUUCAGCCUGAGCAGCAGAAUACUCCUAACUUACCAUCCAAAUCUCAUCAAAGUAUGGAACAUCAAGGAUUAAGCACCACUAUGAGGAAAGUCCUUCUAUUGAUUAACUGUCUAAUACUUGCUGUUGGUAUCUGUGGUGGUCCUCUAAUGAUGCGUCUAUAUUAUGUCGAGGGAGGUUCAAGAGUAUGGCUUAGCAGUUGGUUACAAACCGCUGGAUGGCCACUCACCCUUAUACCUCUUGCCAUCCUAUAUUUCUAUCGUCGAAAAGUUGAAGGUUCUAAUGCCAAGUUUUACUUGAUAACACCCCGAAUUUUUAUUGCAUCAUUCGUCAUUGGCGUUGUCACUGGUCUUGAUGAUUUUCUCUAUUCGUGGGGCGGGUCAAAACUUCCCGUGUCAACCUCUUCACUUCUUCUUGCUGCUCAACUUGCCUUCACGUCAGUAGGUGCUUUCUUCAUUGUGAAGCUGAAGUUCACACCCUACUCUAUCAAUGCAGUGAUUCUGUUGACAGUUGGUGCUGUAUUAUUGGGUGUUCGAUCUAAUGGUGAUCGACCAGAAGGUGUGACAAGUAAAGCCUAUAUUCUUGGUUUUAUGAUGACACUUCUGGCAGCAGCUUUGUAUGGAGUCAUCUUGCCUUGUAUUGAGUUGAUUUAUUUGAAGGCAAAACAAGUUAUUACUGCUACGCUGGUAUUAGAGAUUCAGAUGGUCAUGUGCUUUGCCGCUACUGCUUUUUGCACUGUAGGAAUGAUCGCCAAUAACGACUUUCAGGCAAUGUCAAGGGAGGCAAAACAAUUUAACCUCGGAGAAGCUAGAUAUUAUAUAGUUAUAGUAUGGACUUCCAUUAUUUGGCAAUGCUUCUUUGUGGGUGUUAUUGGAGUCAUUUACUGCUCUUCUUCUUUGAUGUCUGGGGUUAUGAUCGCGGUUUUACUUCCGGUUACUGAGGUAUUAGCUGUCGUUUUCUUUAGAGAAAAUUUUUCAGGUGAAAAAGGCCUUGCUCUUUUCCUUUCUCUCUGGGGUUUCGUAUCAUACUUCUACGGAGAGUUCAAACAAACAAAGAAGGAGAAGAACAAAAGUCCAAAAAUUGAGAUAAAAACCACGCAUAUUGAGUCUGUUUGAAUUAUUGAGUCUUUUUCAUAUAUUGUUCAUAGCUAUAUGGAUAUAGAUGAAUUUUUAUUUUUUUGUAGAAAAUAGUGUACGUCAUUUUUAUUUCAUUGCUACUUUCGUUAUGUUUUUGAAAGGGUCUCUUUCUUUGAAAUUUCUAAUGUUUCUCUUAAAUCUCUAAUACAACACAUGAAGAUUUGCAGUUUCCAGUAAAUACUCA